AUGUCCGAAAGCAACCCAACCAACCUCACGCAGCGCCUACCCACCGACGCUAAGAACGUCGAUAUCAACCCCAGAAGCGCACACGAGACCACCGAUAAGGGCCCUAAUGAAGGUUCAUUCCCAGGCCCCGGGGCCAAUGCCACUGCACGCGCACCGCAGCAGCCGCAUUCGAGCAAGGUGCUGAACAAGCUGGAUCCGCGGUAUGACAGUGAUAUUAUCGAGGCGGCCGAUAAGGAGAAAGGCGGGCUUUAA